AUGGACUCCCUCGAGGCAAGAUUGCAAUUUAUUCAAGUGUUGAAAAACCUACAAAAGAGUCUGAACACAAUAGAUAACAAUACCACCUCCAUUGAAAAUUCACAAUCACCCAUCUCAAACUCAGGUUCUAUAACGGAUCCUGUCCAAUUCUACCUCAGAAACUAUCGUCACCAUUAUGAAGAUUUCCAUCAAUGCCUUUUUGACACGACGACAAAGAUGAACUCGUUAGAUAGAUUGAAUGUCAUGAUUUAUUAUUCCAAGAUUAUACUGGCAUUGAAGGCACACCCUGAUGAAUUCAAUAGGAAAGUCCUCUACGACACUUUAUUACCUUCUCUAUGUGAUUUAAUUGAAUUGAUAUUACCUGUUAAUGAUUGGAAAGCAAUAACAAAUUUAAAAGUGUGCAUUGAUAUAUUUAAUUCUUUGAAGGAACAAUUCAUAGAUGUGGGAAAUGAAAUGUUAUCAGAGAGUAUUCCGGACACAACUGAUGAAAACGUGGACACAACUUCAUGGUAUACUAUCAAAACACCAGCGACUGAUUAUAAAGAUUCUUUUCUUAAUUCUCAAUUAAUAAUAUCGGAUAGAAAGACAAAAAAGGAAUUGUUCUUUAAAAAUUACUUGAUGGAUGGUAUUUCCAAAGUUGAUACAAAUCUUGAAAAACUUGACAAUAAUAAUGUACUGACAACUACUAUAUUACACAGAAUGGAAAAUGAUAGAGAAAGGCAUAAGAGGAUGAAGGAGCAACGAUGGAUCAUUGAAAGAGGAAAUCAACUUAACAAGAAGACAAUUCUCGAUGAGCAAGAGUUCAAACUAUUGUGGGAAAAUCAAGAUAAUAAUACAUUGACGACUGAUGAUAUCAAGAACGUUAAAGAAAUGAAUCUAAUAGCAAAUCAAGGUUAUAUGCUUGAAUAG